AUAUCAUAAAUGAUAAAACACCAAACCAGAAAUAAAACGAGAAACGCGCUUAAACCUAUAAAUAACCCUGCCCCAGCUGUUUUCCGGCAACCGCACGCAUCCGUAUUCUCGGCGGUAUGGACAAAACGACCGUGCCAAGUGAUAGCAGCCAUUCUGGGCGGUGGACGAAUGAGAAACACGUCAACUUCUUGAACUCAAUGGAGGCUUCUUUCGUUCGCACAAUGCUUGAAAAUAACACUCAUUUUCUCCCCCUCGACCGGUACUUGCCGGACACCUCAGAAUCAACCGUAGAUUUGAAAACCCAUCGGAGAAAAAAGAAAGCCACAACAGUGGACGAUAAUAAAGUUGGUCCAAGAGCAGCAGGAUCGAACAGCAGAAGGAGAAACUCAUAUCACCCUCACACUUCUUCACAGGAUCAGGUAGUCCCACAGCUUGGAAACAGAAGAGAUGACACAGACCAGAAUUGGUCCUCUAAUGUACACAUGGCGCCUUCAAGCUCAGGAAGAUAUUUAGGGUUCUGAUGAUGGAUCAUGGAUGUUCGACUUCUUUGUUCUUCUGGUUUUGUGUUAUGUUAAGUGUGGUUAUGGUGCAGUGUAUGCUGUAGUUGUAUUAUGAAUUAUGAAUUGGGUUGUUGUGAA